AUGCUCUUCAUUCUUUUCGCCCUCUCCGUCACCAUUGCCCCCGCCGGCGCGUCCUCUCUCGCUGUCGCCUACCCGCUCGAGGACCAGCUCCCACCCAUCGCGCGCAUACACACUCCUUAUUCCUGCCCUCUCACCUUCUCGUCCUCCAUCCUCCCCUCCUGGCUCUCCUUCGACCCCGCCACCCUCUCUCUCUCUGGCACCCCCCAGGACGACGAUGAAGGGCGACCGCGCGUCACAAUCAUCGCCUCCAAUGGCGGCGCCGCCCAUGCUUCGUCCUCGUUCGACCUCUGCGUCACCCCGUACCCUCCGCCGACGCUCCACAUUCCUAUCGAAAACCAAUUCCACCGCGAAAAUCCUUCUCUUUCCUCUGUAUACCUCGUCUCCAACCGCUCCUCUCUCUAUGGCUCUCGUCCAGCCCUCCGCAUCCCGCCGAAGUGGUCCUUCAGCAUUGGCCUCGACUACAACACAUUCGACGCCAAGAACAACCUCUACUACGACGCCCGCCAGGCCGACGGCUCCCCGCUUCCGUCCUGGGUCAACUUCAACACACGCGCCUUGACAUUCAACGGCGUCACUCCAGCGGCGGACAACACGACUAUGCCCCACACGCUCUCGGUCGCCCUCCAUGCCUCCGACGAAGAGGGCUACUCCGCCGUCUCUGCGCCUUUCGAUAUUGUCGUUGCAGAUCACGACUUCUCGCUUGACGGCGAAACCAACUCCGACUCUCUGCCGACCAUCAACGUCACUGCCGGUCAGCCAUUCGAGCUCGCCCUCAACUCUGCUGUCGACUUCAUCGGCGUCCAGCUCGACGGAAAGUCUGUCACCCCGGACAAUAUCACCGCGCUGGAGAUCGACACUUCGGACUUGGAGAGCUGGCUCAGGUACGAUUCUUCCACUCGCACUCUCAGCGGAGAACCCCCCUCGGACUUCAAAGAUGCUGUCCUUCCCGUCCUCUUGGCGUCGUCCGUCAACCAGACCUUGUCUACCGUCGUCACUUUGGUUGCGGUCCCGUCCUUCUUCUCCAGCGGCGACCUAGAUCCGAUUCUUGUCACUCCCGGCGAUGGCCUCACCUUCUACUUGGCACAGUAUUUUUCGAACUCCUCUGACCUUGGUACUCCUGGCGACGUGCAGUUCGGUGCCUCCUUCGACCCUCCUGCGGCUGGCGACAACUUGCAGUUCAACGCUUCCUCCUUCCUUGCUGGGACGGUGCCGAAAGGCGUCUCGUUCGACCACAUAUCUAACAAGCAUGGCGCCAAGGGCCUCUCCGACGCUGCGCGGAAAAAGCUUCUUCUCGGCCUUGAGAUCGCCUUUGCGCUCAUCAGCGUCUUCGUCGGCCUCGCGAUCGUCUUUGCAUGCAUCCGCAAGUGCGCGCGGGACCAAGACUCGGUGAUCAUGGGCGAGGAGGGACAGCGCGCGUGGACGGCGUCGGAGAAGAGGUGGUAUGGGAUUGGGAUCGAGGUCAACGGCGAGAAGUGUACUCCGGAACUCGGCACAGAGCCCCGCCAGGAAGGGACUUUCGGGAGCGCGCUGUCGCGGAUCCUAACGCGCACCGCGUCUAGCCGACCAAGAUCUCCGUUGAGUCCUGUCGGUCUCACGACGAGUCCGCGGAUGAUCAAGAAGGUGGACUUCAUGGGUCGCGCCCGGCGCAUGGUCAGUGACCAGUACAAACGCGUCGUCAGCGGGCCGAAGCGACCUGUGAUAUCCAAGCCGGUCCUCAUCCUGACCAGCGACGACAGCCCCGCGUCUAGACUUGGCAACAUACCUACAACUGGCUCCGCGGGGUUGCUCGGGGUCGGGCUGGGCUCGCGCGAUUUCAAGCCGCUGGACGACUCGAACUUCAGCCAGUAUGCUCCAAGCGGGCCGACAAGCCUCGCGACUUCGUCACCCACGUCGUCGCACGACGCACCGUCUAUCCCACGGCGUCGCCUGGACUUUGCCAGCCCGCGGCCGCCGAUGGUGAUCACGACGCCACCGGAAGCCCACCUCCCGGACGACGCGCAACCCGACUCAGCCGCGUCCUCACUGAAAACAUCAUCCACGCACGAAAGUGAUGCUAUCGUGCAACGCGCGACGCGCGCGACGUCCGUCCGCAGCGGAGCUUCGGGCAUGUCCUUCCACGUUCUCGGCCGUGGACACCCGACACUCGAGAGCGCGCGCCCGCGGCUGGUGCCAUUUACGAGCGCGACACGCGUCCCGGUGCCCAAGGUGCCGACGUCGUCGUUCUCUCCCGACAUGGACAUCGAGGAGGAGGAGACGCGCGUGGGGGCCAGCGCGGGCCCGACGCGGCGCGUGGCGAGCCAGGUCGCGCGUGUGUUCCGCGGGCAGCGCGGCAGCACAGCCGAGCUGCCUGCUCAGCCGAGCGCAGACGACCUCGCGACGGGAAUGGAGUACGUGCGGGCGCUGGGCGACGAUGGGCGGAGCUCCCUUGCGCCGUCCUCGCAGGAACGCUCCCCUGCGCUUUCGGCGAUGUCGUUCUCUUCGCUCGAAUCGUCGGCGGCGUCUCACGGACGUAUUGAGCGUGUCCUCGCGCGUACUGGCGAGCGCUUCAAGUUCCGCGUGCCCGUCGUCGCUGCGAGCCGGCGCGGGCUUGACGCGCGGCUGACGUCGGGGCUCGGGCUACCGGGAUUCAUUCACUUCGACGCGGAUGCGGCUGGAGCGGAGGUGUGGGGCGUUCCUGCGGGCAGCGAUCUGGGCGUGCAUGAGGUCGGGGUGUACGAACGUGGCGGGGCCUGCGUCGGGCGUGUGGUCGUGGAGGUUGUUGAGCGCAAGGCGGCAUAG